CCUCCCGCGGUGGUUGCAUUGUACUAGCAGCUUAUAAGAGACCCCGCCCCCCGUCCUUCUCCUCUCUUCUCUCCGCUCCACCCACUCCCGCUCUGCUCCCUCUCCCACCGAUCUGCCAUCUCGCCCGGCCCCGUCCGCUCUAGGGAUUCGCGACGGAGAUCCGCCGGAGAUUGAGGACCGGGACGGAGGCGUCGGGGCCGGGGAGCGGCGGCGGCGAGGCGGCGGGGGGAUGGACGGCCACGGCGGCGCGGGCAAGCUGACGCGGACGCCCUCCUCGCUCCUGCGCUCCCCCACGGUGCGGAACUGCUCCUCGUUCCAGGCCGUGGUGGUCGAGGACCCGGAGCCCGACGACAAGAAGGCCCAGGCGCCCCCCAAGGCCCCGCCCCACCAGUUCCACCCCGGCGCCGGCCCCGCCCACCCGCUCCUCGUCCUCGCGCUCCCGCUCGCCUUCCUGCUCCUCCUCCUCCUGCUCCGCGGCGGCGACGGCCACCACCUCGCCCUCCUCGCCGCCUCCGCGGCCGCCGCGCUCGGCGCCGCGGCCGGGGCCGCGCGCCUGCUCCGGGGCCGCCUCCGCCGCUCGCCCGGGUCCGGGUCCGGGUCCGUGCAGUGGUUCAUCGGCGACGACGACGACAAGCCCCCGAAGCGGGCGGACAAGGGCGCCGCCACCGCCGCGCACGGCCGCGUCGUGCGCGAGGGCGUCGAGUUCUACAGCAAUGGGGACUGCUACGAGGGCGAGUUCCACAAGGGCCGCUGCAACGGCAGCGGCGUCUACAACUUCUUCGGCAAGGGCAAGUACGAGGGCGACUGGGUCGAUGGCAGGUACGACGGCUACGGCAUCGAGAGCUGGGCGCGCGGCAGCCGCUACCGCGGCCAGUACCGCCAGGGCCUCCGCCACGGCCACGGCGUCUACCGCUUCUACAGCGGCGACUGCUACGCAGGCGAGUGGGCCGGCGGCCAGAGCCACGGCAUCGGCGCGCAGACCUGCUCCGACGGCAGCUCCUACGUCGGGGAAUUCAAGUGCGGCGUCAAGCACGGCCUCGGGAGCUACCAUUUCAGGGGAUCUAAACGGGGCCUUGAUGUCAUCAAAUCAGCAGCGCACUGUUGCAUUUAUGGCAGUUAUUUUGAACCUGGCUUGCUAAUCUCGAUCUUGCCGCUCAAUUUUUCUUCCAGAAAUGGCGAUCGAUACGCCGGCGAGUACUUUGGGGACAAGAUCCACGGCUUCGGUGUCUACAGCUUCGCUAAUGGCCAUGGCUACGAAGGCUCCUGGCACGAAGGCAAGAAGCAGGGAUUCGGGAUGUACACGUUCCGGAAUGGCGACAAGCGAUCGGGGGACUGGGAUUCUGGGACUCUCAAGACUCCCUUGCCCCCAUCUGAUCCUGCUGUUCAGCGUGCAGUACAGGCUGCUCAGCGGGCCGCGGAGAACGCCUUUCGCCUGCCGAGAGUCGACGAGCAAGUCCACAAGGCGGUCAUGGCCGCGAACAGGGCCGCCACGGCUGCUCGUGUGGCGGCGAUCAAGGCAGUCCAGAACAGGAUGGAUGGCAAAUUUUGCGAUACCUAUGUGUGAAUUGCUGUGUGGAAGACCAAGGAUGGUCGUUUUCUCGUUUUUCCUUCUGACUGUACAUUAGGGUAGUGAAGGACAAUAACUAAUCAGUGAGGUCCAGACGACCGGGGCAGCACAAGCGCUAGCUCCGAGUCAGGGUUCAGCAACGAACGGGAGCUGACGAGCAGAGCUGGCGAACUGGGGCAAAAUCCCAUUUGCGAGAAACGGCUCGGAUUCUGCGACGCCAUCGGCGGUCCCCUUCCUCCUCUCCUCCUUGCAAGCUGUAACUGUACAUAGAUCCAAGUGUAUCAAUGGAAGAGUGGGUUUUUCCAACGCCCUUUCGAGUU